GAUCGAUGUUUGUGUGAGUGGAUGAAAUGUGAAAUAACGGCUUGCUGAUGUUUCUCGUGUGCUCGCUAUGCGAGGAUAAUACGCGAUAAUCGACCACUCCAAUCCAACACAGAAUCCGGCUUCAUUCGAGGCUGAUCGUGAGUGCAACUUCUGUUUUAUACGGCAAAUGUACUCCUCCAACCGCAACAUCGUUUUUCUGCUUGCUGAAGCUCCACAAACAUUAUUUGAUUGUAAUUUUGGAUAAAUGGUAGCUUGAUCUACGUAAAAAUCUUUGUACGCCUUCUGUCGAGCCAAAUAAUUAUUUUAAGGUAUUUUUUAUUUAUUCAUUAGCUAAUUCUAUUACUAUCUCAUUAUUCUUAAGAUAAUCUUCAUGUAAGAACAAAUCAGGUAUAUCCGUAAUACAGUCCCUGGCCAAAUUAAUAGACGCUCCUUGAGAUUCUUACAAUUUUCGAUUUAUUUGCCUUUUCACAUGAAACUUCUUAAAAUUAUUUAUAAUUAUUCUCACAUUGUUCAAUAAUUCUCUGUUUAUAAAAUAAACUUUCCCAUAUUAAUCGAUGUCACAUCACUACAGUGCUUAAACGAUUCAAAACACGAGCGCAGUGCGCAGCGAGUGCGGAGGCGGAAUUAAAGUUUGUAUAGUUAUUUGUGUUUUCUUCUCUAAUUUACAUAUUUAUCUCAUAAAUAGGGGUGGCUUUUUGUUUCUUAAAAUAAUGGGAAAGUUAUAGACUUGUCACCUUGUAAGAAAGCACAGAUAAAGGCGCUAAUUGACACAAAAGAUUAUUCGAAUCGAGAAAUUUCAAGAUGAUUGAAAGUGUCGGAAGCGAGUAUAGGCGAAUUAAAGCAAGAAUUGACUUGAGGAGAAGAUUUGAACUUAAAGAAUUGAUUGUAAGAAAAAAAGCAGGUGCGUCUAAUAAUUUGGCCAGGGACUGUAUAUUCAUGAACUAUAGAUUUUCAGUACCUGCAGUGAACGGGACGUAGGGUAUAUAUAUGUAUACAUCUUGAUUGCCAUGCGUCAAGCGUAUCCGUGGUAACAAAGAAUGCGUGGUGCAACAUUUAUCAUCCGUGAUUAAAGUGACAGUAGUUAGUAAUAGCUAAUAAAAUAAAGCAAACAAAAUGUAUCGAACAAGCCAUGGAUAAAGUUAUCUUUUCGAAAGAACAAUCGCACAUGUAAUUCAGUGAUAUAAUAAUUAUCUAAUAGUCAUACAUACAAUUUUCACAAAAUUUUUAAACUUCCAUGAAAGCUACUUUUCUACGGCCAGUGUAUAAUUAUAAUCUCUAUACACGAUUUAUAUUAAUAAUUAAUAAUAAUGUUUACUGCCCAGCGCAAUUUCGUGAAGGUGCUAGCUGAAUGAAGAAAAGGCAAUUAUUGCAACAGAAUCAACGCGCCAACACAUGGAUGUUAAUUAUAGAGCAAACAUUGCAAAGUGGCUGCCGCUUUCUGAUGGUGCCCUCGAUAAAUGGUUUGUGGACGCUUCCCUUUUGGAUGAGAAAAUGGGUAAAAUCACGGGAUGCGUAGCUUUAAUCAUCGACGACCUCAUGGAGGCUCGAUCUUGUGAGCUAGAGAUGUUCGAGGAAGUGAUAGACAGCUUGGAGGAAUUAAUAGUGAAUUACAAGUCGGCAUGCAGCCUGGGAGAGCUGAGCAGUCACCCGAUAUAUAAAUAUAAAAUACAUCAUUUAUCGACGAUAUUAAAGCAUAAACUCAACGUGGUCGCAAAGUUUACGCGGGAUCUGAUUACUGGUAUCGUUGAUUGCAAAACUGAAGAGAAUAUCAGAAUAGUAUUUAGAUUAGUAAAUGCUUACAACAACAUGCUCGAUACAAAUCAGAAUGUGUCGGACUCGUCUGUAAAUGUCUUUUACAACGAUUGCCCGUCCAUGUUGGAACCGUUGAAGAAAAUGUCCAUAACUAAAGUAUUGCAGAUAUUAGCGAAGAAUAGAGCGGAAGAAUCUUGCCACGAACUUAUCGAUUGUCUUCUAGCGAAUUAUGAACCUCGCGAGAAAGUUAAGUCUACAUCUGCAACGAAUGACGUAGAUGUUUCGGAAAACUCUAGCAUGGAAAUUUAUCGUGCUCUUACGAGGCAUUUAACUCCACCGGUCAUGAGUGCGACGUCUACAUCUGAAAUGGAGGUAUCCAACAUCGAAAGCAUGCAAGUCCUUGUAAAUACACAGAAUGAACAAGUCCUGAGACUUUUAAACGUGGUACAGGAGAUCUCACCACAAUUGCUUGGCGCAGAUGCCUUGAAGACUAGCAAAGGUGAGACGAGAUUGCGAGGUACCGCGAUAAAGAAAGUGAAGAAUUACUAUCAGGAAGUCGCGUGGGGUGCCCUGUCAGGUAUUUUAGAUCACGUGAUACUGUGGUGGUGCCGAGAGGCUCUUGCGACUCACCACAGUCACGGCGCUCAGCAUCUUAAGGACUGGUUACGACAAUUCAUCCAGGGAAAUGAAAUCCCGCCCACGGUUAGACCAGCGUUGCAGAAUUUAUGCGAUGCACUAGGCUGCCAUACGACCAUCGUCGCUUGGGAUCAAUUGUUCAGAUUAGCUUAUACCUCGGCUUUCGAAUGUUGCUCGAAACCAUCAUCCACGGAGGGAACUGGUACGGGUCAAAUGUUCGUCGAGUUGUUCCAACUUCUGGUUACUCUCAGCAAUGAAUGCGAGAUUGGCGGCGAAUGGGUAAUAGGGGCACCCUUGAUUGAGUUGCCGCUCUCGGAGCAGAUCGUCGUGUUGCACAGAAUGGAUCAUUCGGUACACACAGCAAGAUUGUGGGCUAUCCAGGAAGCAAAAACUAUAGCCCAUACUUGGGACUUGGAUGUGUUCUUUCUUCUGGUCAAAGGCGAUAUAACAAACUGCUUGGAGGAGUUGUCUUAUCUAAAGCUCGCCGAUCAUACAACCGCAUUGUCGGCAAAUUCCGUUAACGUUCAAGUGUACGUAUGCACGAAGAUGAGAGCAAAAAUUGUUUCUGAAGUCAAGGCAAACAUUGACUUGCUUCAGAAAUGUCCUGCUAAAUGUAUUGAUACGCUUGCCAAGAUCUGUCGCGUAAUCAGCCUCGCAAAUUUACAUAUGUGCUUUCCACAAUCGAAUUAUUGGAGAAGAAAUAGCAACAUACCACCAGUAGUAGCCAGUCUUUACGUGGAAACUUAUUUUGAAAAGGUAUUACUGCCAGUUCUGGAAGUGAUAGAAGAUCCCGAAACGUCCAACAUGAUUUUACGAAUAAUGUGCGAAGCAUGGCUGGAUUAUAUUUAUUUGCACCGCAUUAAGUUUAGCGAGUACGGUGCGCAACAGCUGUUGACGGAUUUCGCAUACGUAUUAACAUGGGUCACGGACUGUCCAAUCAUCUCGCAAAACGUCAGAAAUCACUUGUUGAAAAACGAAGUUCUACGUCGUUGCGAGGGUGUCGGUCAGCUUCUAUUGAGACAUCCGGGCGAAGCUAUCGCUAUGCGCAAGCGAUUGGCUCGAAGAACGAACGAACGCGGAUCGCCCGAGUCUCCGGGUCUAGAACGUAUGCCAGCAGAAAUGUACGUUCCAAAUCAGAAACAAUGGCUAGAGUUACGCGCUCCUAAGCGAUAUAACUUUUGCUGUAUGGAAUAAAUGAUAGAGAUUGUCAAACUAAA